AUGGUUUGUGUAUCAGAUAAGACGACUAUUUUAGUAUCAAAAGUUUUUGCGUGUUACUCGUACUCCCCGAUCCAAAGAGAUAUCGAAGAUUACGGAAGUCUAUUCGAUAGGUACAUAUUCAUGAGUUUAGUGGAAGGCCAGAAGUUAGACCCUGUCUACAAAUCAUAUAAGGAAAUAACUAAACAACGUGUUGCUGAUCAACUCAAGCAAUGCUUUCGUGAUCUUCGCAACAUUAGCGGUGGUACCUAUUUGGGAUCGAUUGACCAAGGUCCAGUUACAGAGCCGGUUUUGACGAACUCUCCCGAUAGAGGUGGAUUGAUGAUUCGCAGUGUAGUUAUAUACUAA